AUGCCUGGUUCACUCGCCGAUUACCUGGCGAAAAAUUACCUCAACGCCGACCCAACCACAGAACGACCAAAAAAGAAGCGCAAGAAGACCAAAACCACCGACGCCUCCAACGGCCUCAUCAUCGCAGACGAUGACCCUCCAGACCUGCGCAAUAUGUCUACAAAGACCGGCGAUGACGACGAAUAUAACCCCACAAUCGACUCAUCCUUCAAAUCGGCCGAGUUCCGCCGCACAAAGAAAUCAACCUGGACGACCGUUGGCGGAUCCGCGCCUGGCGCGGAUGACGACCAAGCUGCCGCCGACGCGAUUCUCGCCUCUGCAGCUGCAGAGCGAGCUGCACGAGAGGAUGACGAUAAUGAAGAAGGGGCUACACUGGUCAAAGAGGAAGAUGAGGGUGGACCGAAAAUGGAGUCUGGAGUUCGCGGAGGUCUACAAACAGCAGCGCAGACAGCCGCGAUGGUAAAAGCGCAAGAGAAGAAGAAAAAGGCCGAGAUGGCCAAAUAUCAAGACCCCGCCGCUGCAGACUCAGGCUCACAGGAAACGAUCUACCGUGAUGCCUCGGGACGAAUUAUCAAUGUUGCUAUGAAACGCGCGGAAGCGAGGAGGGCGGAGGAAGAGAAGAAAAGAAAGAGGCGGAGGAACGAGCUCGAGGAGAUCAAGUCUAUGCCUCUUGCGCGGACAAUUGACGAUGAGACUCUCAAUGAUGAUCUUCGGUCGCAGGCUCGCUGGAAUGAUCCUGCGGCGGGCUUCUUGACGAAGAAGGCAGCCCCUGGGGCGAGUGUUACGGGGAGACCUUUAUAUCGGGGUGCGUUUCAACCAAAUCGAUAUGGGAUUCGACCGGGACAUCGGUGGGAUGGAGUGGAUCGAGCGAAUGGGUUUGAGAAGGAUUGGUUUGCGUCGAGGAAUAAGCGGGAUCGCAUGGAGGCGCUGGAGUACCAGUGGCAGAUGGAUGAGUAG